GACUUCGAGGGUGGUGAUAGGGAACGGCUAGAUCGGGCCAUCCUCAAGGAGAUCAACAAUAACCUGGAGACCGGCGCCUACAAGAUCCUUUCCCUCAAGGAGUCCCAAGAGAUUCUCCACAACAAGCCCGAAAAGGUUAUGGAGUCCCGCUACGUCCUCACCAAGAAACCAUUGGAGCCGGCAGACAUCUCCAAGGCCCGAGCUGAAGGACUACUACUUGACGACAAGCAGCAUGGACCAGUGAAGGCUAAAUGCCGUCAUGUCAUGAAGGGCUUUUCAGAAGAAGCAGCAUUGGAUGUAGAGAGUACGACACCCCAGGUGAACCGAGACUCCGUCAUCUUCGUCACCCAGGUUUUGGCCAGCAUGCAAUGGUGCCCUGGUUUCCUUGACUUUACUCAGGCCUUCCAUUCAGGGGACAAGAUCAAUCGUGAGUUGUACUGCCGACAACCGGCAGAAGGCAUUCCCGGAAUGCACCGGGACCAGAUACUGAUGCUGUUAAAGACCUGUUAUGGUCUUACGGACGGCCCAUACGCAUGGUAUCAACAUCUUUGCCGGCGACUACGAGAAAUGGGCUACCAGACCAGCAAGUCCGACCCCUGCGUUUUCUUUCUCCACGAGAAGGAGGACUCAGGCAGAAGGAACCUCGAAGGAAUCAUUGGGCUGGCCACGGAUGAUAUGCUGCAUGGAGGGACCCAGAAACACUGGGACAACAUUCAAAAGAUUGCGGAAGAAUACAAGCUCGGCAAGAACCAGAAGGGCAAGGGCCGCUUUACCGGCAAGGACAUUGCCCUACAGCCUGACGGCUCCAUCCUCAUCGACCAGGAGUUCUACGUGAAGGAGAAGGUUGCCGACCUGAUCGAGUGCAACAAGAUCAUCGAGGAGGCUAUCCAGCACAGCAAGUUGGGCAUCCGAGUGAUGCCUAUAGACUGGAGAAACCUAAGGGUUUCCGUGGUCACUGAUGCGGCCUGGGGCAACUCGCGAGACCAAUUGUGGAUUGAGAACUCCGAGGAGGACUUCUGGGAAGAGACAUCUACAGAAUGGGUUCGCCAUCACAAGACGCCGCGAAGAACAAGUUUCCAUCCAGGAGCGGCUCAAGGAGGACCUGAUCUUCAUCAGAUUUCUUCCAGACGACGGACAGAGAUGUUCGUUGACCACGCCCAGGCCGGGAUCAAAACUAAGGUUUCCGAGGACACAUGGAACGACGACAAGGGCAUCAGGGUUCUGGAUGAAGAGCCCUGGCGCGGAACUACAAGGUUUCGUAAGUGCUCCAGCGAGGAGCCGGCCCUGGCUACAUUGGCAGCAUGGAAAAGCUUCAGACUGAAGAGGAAGACGGUGGACACCUUG